AACCACCCGAAGAUGUUCAUUGCUGCACAAGGUCCACUGCCCAAUACCAUAAACGACUUCUGGAGGAUGGUUUGGGAGCAGGACUCGGCUACUAUCGUUAUGGUCACCAACCUGAAGGAAAAGAACAAGACGAAGUGUUCCCAGUACUGGCCAAACAAGGAUAGUAUGGACUAUGGCAACAUUCGGGUUACUUUGGAGGAAACGACCAACCUGGUGGAUUACGUCAUCAGGACCUUCGACAUACAAAAGGACGAAGACCCGCCCCGGACGGUGACUCAGUUCCACUUCAUCAGCUGGCCGGACUUCGGGGUGCCGCAAAGCCCCCUGGGAAUGAUGAAGUUCAUCCGGCGGGCCAAGACCAGCAACCCUCCCGGGAGGGGACCGAUCGUCGUGCACUGCAGUGCGGGAGUCGGACGUAGCGGAACCUUCAUCGCCAUAGAGGCCAUGCAGGAGAUGAUGGCUGCCCAGGGGAGGGUGGAUGUGCACCGCUUCAUCGGGCAGAUGAGGCACAACCCACUCAUGGUCCAGACUGUGGACCAGUACGUGUUCAUCUACCGCGCCCUGUUGGAGCAACACCUGUACGGAGACACGGAGGUGGAGGUGGCCAACAUCCACAGGCACAUGCACAAACUCAAGGCGCCAUCAGCGGACCCCAACGAGAUGGGAUACGAGGCGGAGUUCAAGAAGCUAACCCGGAUCCCGGUUGAUCAAGACAACAUGAAGUCAGCCAACAAGCAGGAGAACAAGGGGAAGAACAGGGUAGUCUCCAUCGUGCCUUACGACACCUGUCGUGUGUUCCUGCCCAAAAUCACCGGAGUCAUCGGCUCCGACUACAUCAACGGCUCAUUCAUUGACGGUUAUCGCCAGAGGGACGGGUUCAUCGCAACCCAGGGCCCGCUGCCGAACACAUUGGAGACCUUCUGGCGGAUGGUGUGGCACUGGGAGUCCUGCUCUAUCGUCAUGCUGACCGAACUGGAGGAGAACGGAAGGGAGAAGAGCGCGAAGUACUGGCCGGAGGAGAGACAGACGUACGGGAAGGUCCGGGUAGAGCUGAAGAACACGGAGCAGAGCGAGGGCUACACUCUCCGCACUUUCCACGUCUCCAACACAGACAAACAAGAAUCACCCCGCCGAGAGAUCCGCCAGUUCCACUUCCACGACUGGUCAGCAACAGGCGUGCCUCGGAACGCCAACAGGGUGCUGGAUCUGAUUGGUCAGGUCCAGAAGCAGCAGAUGAAGUCUGGAAACGGACCAAUCACCGUCCACUGCAGUAACGGCGCAGGUCGCACGGGGGCGUUCAUCGCCCUGAACACCGUCCUGGAGCGAGUGAAGGCUGAGGGGAUCUGUGACCUGUUCCAGACGGUCAAGUCUAUGCGGUACAGCCGGCCGCACAUGGUUCAGACUGCCGAACAGUACCUGUUCUGCUACAAGGCUGUGAUGGAGUAUCUGGAUAGUUUUGAUGACUACGCCAACUUCCAGUGAUCUGGUCCCAC